AUGAGAGAAGUCAUCAGCAUUAAUGUCGGUCAAGCCGGUUGCCAGAUUGGUAACUCGUGCUGGGAACUUUACUGCCUGGAACACGGUAUCCAGCCCGAUGGAUACCUCGACCCCGACCGAAAGACGGGAUCCCGGGAGGAGGGAUUCUCCACCUUCUUCUCCGAGACUGGCUCCGGCAAGUACGUGCCCCGAACCAUCUACGUCGAUCUCGAGCCCAAUGUGGUCGAUGAGGUGCGAACCGGAAAGUACAAGAACCUGUUCCACCCCGAGCAACUCAUCACUGGCAAGGAGGACGCCGCUAACAACUACGCCCGAGGUCACUACACCGUUGGAAAGGAGCUGAUCGACCAGGUCAUGGACCGAGUCCGACGAGUCGCCGACAACUGUAACGGUCUCCAGGGCUUCCUCUUCACCCACUCUUUCGGUGGAGGAACCGGUUCCGGUUUCGGAGCUCUGCUGCUUGAGCGACUCUCGGUCGACUUCCCCAAGAAGUCCAAGCUCGAGUUUGCCGUCUACCCUGCCCCCCAAGUCUCCACCUCCGUUGUCGAACCUUACAACUCCGUCCUCACAACCCACACCACCCUGGAGCACUCUGACUGUACCUUCAUGGUUGACAACGAGGCCAUCUACGACAUGUGCCGACGAAACCUCGAUAUUUCGCGACCCUCCUUCGAGAACCUCAACAGAAUGAUCGCCCAGGUUGUUUCCUCCGUCACCGCCUCUCUGCGAUUCGACGGUUCUCUCAACGUCGACCUUAACGAGUUCCAGACCAACCUGGUUCCUUACCCCCGAAUCCAUUUCCCCCUGGUCACCUACGCCCCCGUCAUCUCCAAGUCGCGAGCCAACCACGAGUCCAACUCCGUCAACGAGAUCACCAACGCCUGCUUCGAGCCCAGCCACCAAAUGGUCAAGUGCGACCUCCGAGAGGGUAAGUACAUGGCCAACUGUCUGCUGUACCGAGGAGACGUGGUCAACAAGGAUGUACAGGCUGCCGUUGCCUCUAUCAAGGCCAAGAAGUCCAUUCAGCUGGUCGACUGGUGUCCUACCGGUUUCAAGAUUGGUAUCUGCUACCAGCCUCCUCAGUACGUUCCUGAGGGCGACAUGGCCAAGGUUGACCGAGCCGUGUGUAUGCUGAGUAACACUACUGCUAUUGCCGAGGCCUGGAAGCGACUUGAUGCCAAGUUCGACCUCAUGUACUCCAAGCGAGCCUUUGUUCACUGGUACGUCUCUGAGGGUAUGGAGGAGGGAGAGUUCAGCGAGGCUCGAGAGGACCUGGCUGCUCUCGAGCGAGACUAUGAGGAGGUUGGCGCCGAUUCCGCCUACGACGAUGACCUUGAGGCUGAGUACUAA